UUUAUAUGACAUGCUUUAAUCACAAUGGCAGUGAAAGUCCUUUACAUUUCUGUAUCUUUAGCAAAAGAAGAAAAUAUCGACUUUUCUGUGCAGUCAGAUUUGACGCCUGUUAGUCACGAGGUGGGGAGUUCAUCUGAUGUCGGAUUUUCCACAGCUAACGAAGAUAAUCUGCACUCUGUUGCUCCAUCUAAGUUGACAUCUGUGAAGCAUGAGAUGACGAGUUCCACCGACACUAGAUUUUCCGGAGGUCCUUGUUCUACUGAAUGUAAAGGCCACGUGUCUUGUUAUUUGGAACAUAAUUGUACCAACUAUAAACACUGCUACGCAUUGAACGCCGCUGAGUGUCACUGCGCGAUGAGGACUUGUUCCUUUGGUACUUUUUGGAACCCAAAGAUCAACACCUGUGACAGAGCACCAAACGUUCUUUGUAAAUACGAUCCAUGUCUUACAUUAACCCCUGGUACGACAUACCCGAGUAACUUUAAUUGUCGUACAUAUUACGUGUGCAGCAAAGGUAAUCGCUCACUACCAAAGUGUUGUGAAGAGGGAAAUGGAUUCCUUAAAUCCCAGGGAUGCACACGGAGUACAUCUUGUAAAGUUGAAUGUGUUGAACAAAGGAGACUGGUAACAACAGCUACAACCUUCACUAAAGCACCAAAGUAUAGGUGCUACUUUCGUGACAUUAUUGGUCGUAAUGACAAAUACUACAACGUGAUAGCCAAUGUCGAACAGGACUGUCCACCAGGAACGGUAUUCAAGCCAGUUCUAUGUCGGUGUACCAAAGACUCGGCACACAAUCAUCAAAGGUGUACUCCGAUGGUGAAUGUGAGCUUUACGGGAGAGAGAAUUAUAAAUCUAUCUCAUGAAAGCUAUAUUCAGGUGGAAAACGUUACUAGAGGGAAAUCUGAAAAAUCCAACACGUGGUUCGGAAUCUUCAACGGUAAAUCGUCCAGCAUACAAAUUCCUCGGUUCAGUGCAGUCGCACUGCCUCGUCUGACGAUAAAGAUGUCGUUCUUCUCGGAGAAUUCCACAGGAUCUCGGUAUCAGAUUUUAGUUUCGAACUGCCGUUCAUCCGCCAAUCCUUGGAACAUUCCGGAAGUAGUGUCAGUUCAAACUCCAUCAGUGGCUAUUGUGGUCGAUACUGUAGAUAAGGAAUUGACUUUCUUGGGGUAUAGUGAUGAUGAUACAGCGAUGUCUGCCGUAUUCACUUUACCUUUCAAGGUCAACUCUUGGAAUGCGGUGAAACUUAUUUAUAACGGCAGUUGGUUGUAUGGACGAGUACGCUCAUUAGAUCAAAACUCUACAGAGGUCAAAGGGCAGAAACCACUAUCAGGACGCCUAGCUCCAUCACAAGGGCCCGUUCGUGUGGGACGGUGCUCGAACGGAGACGCAUUUCGUGGUAAAAUCAGACGGAUCGAGAUUUAUGACUGCAUCACGCUCUGACCUCAGAACAAGGGACAUAUUUGCUCAUGAAACAUCUUCGGUCUAUCCAAUAUUAUGUUUAAUCAUGAUACAAUUAUUUAAUAUUACAUUAAAAAUACUGAAAUGAAA